AUGGCCAAGCCGAGGCUCAUUAUUCUCAUUAGACACGCCCAGUCCGAAGGCAACAAGAACCGCGACAUUCACCAGACGAUACCCGACCACCGUGUGAAGUUAACACAAGAUGGCUGGCAACAAGCCUACGACGCCGGACGCCGCCUGCGCAAGUUGCUGCGCGCCGACGAUACCCUACACUUCUUCACCUCUCCCUACCGCCGCACCCGCGAGACGACCGAGGGCAUUCUCUCUACACUGACGUCGGACGAGGAGGACCCUUCGCCCUUCAAGCGUUCCAACAUCAAAGUCUAUGAGGAGCCCCGCCUCCGUGAACAGGAUUUUGGCAACUUCCAGCCGUGCUCCGCCGAGAUGGAACGCAUGUGGCAAGAACGUGCCGAUUAUGGCCACUUUUUCUACCGCAUCCCUAACGGCGAGAGUGCCGCAGACGCAUACGACAGAGUUAGUGGCUUCAACGAGAGUCUGUGGCGCCAGUUUGGCGAAAACGACUUUGCCAGUGUUUGCGUGCUCGUCACCCACGGUCUCAUGUCUCGCGUCUUUCUUAUGAAGUGGUACCACUUCACUGUCGAGUAUUUCGAAGACCUCCGCAACGUCAACCACUGCGAGUUCCUCCUCAUGCGCAAGCAGGAAGAGAGCGGCAAAUAUAUCCUCGAGAACAAACUCCGGACGUGGUCAGACCUCCGAAAGGAGCGGGCCCAACUCAAGGAGAAAGAGGAAAAGGAGAGGACCGAGGUGGAGGGAAAUCAAGAGAAGUUGACAAAGGACGUGAAGACGUCUAGUCUACUGGAGCGCAGUAAGACCUUCAUCGUGACGCGUCGCUGGGGUGGUUGUCCUAACGGAUGCAACCACAAAAGCCACUACCAGAAACGCGAAGAUCUAGAGGCCCUCCGCCUGAAGGAUGAGACCGCCGCCAACGGUAACGGCGUUGCUAACGGCCACUCCCGCCACCAGUCACCGGCGCCCGGCCGUAGGCCGAAGCGAAUCGAGCAAGGGUACAGCUCCGACGAGGACAACGAUAACCGACCCCCACAGAUCGACGUCAACCGAUCCCGCCAAGAGGUCGUUUCGUCCCCGGAUGGCACCCCGUCGUUCAUAUCUGCCGAAGACCGUCUCCGAAGCAUGCUUUCGCCGCACCUCCACGUCGGCCGCGACUUUGGCGGUACCUACUCGGGACGUACGUCCAUUGCAGGCAGCGACACCGACUCUUCAGAGGAGGACAGUCACAGACCACAGAUUGCAGCUAUUACGACGAAGAUCAAGGUGGCCACUGUCACGAACGGCGACAGCAGUGGUGUGAAUGGAAGUCGCAACGAUGUCGUGAACGGGAACACCGACACGAACGGCAGCACAGCACCAUUGAGCCAGCAAGACGAGCUACUAGAGAAAAACGGCAUGCGGCAGGGAACGCGUGCGAACCGCCUCGGCGAUACACACAGCAGCGACCUAGGUUCUGAGGCAGACGAAGACGAUCUCGCCCGCGCCGAAAGAGAGGAUAAAAGCAUCAGGGGUAGUGUGUACUAG